UAAUUCGAAAUUGUGAUAAUUGUGGCGGUGACGGACAUUUCCUUUUGGCAACUCCAGGACCCCCGGAGGAGAACCACAAAGCAGUGGCACGUGUGCAUUUGUGUAGGGGCCCAUCAGACCGUAAAAAGAGGAGGGUCCCGGCGUGUGCCUCUGUCGGGGAGGGGCCGAGCGCACACAUUAAUGUAAUAAACCGCCAGUACAUCUGCUAAGCUAUCUGCACAUCCUCCAACGAAAUCCAGCAAACCCAGGCUCUGAGCCCUCCCACAAUAAAACCCACUGGGAUCUUGGUUUCAUCCGAUUGGUCGGGGAUGCUGCAACAGGGGGGGCGAGAACAAUAGCAUCAUUCCGGCAUAAAAAGAGUGGAGCUAUGCCUUGGAGACGAAAACAUUUCAGCAACAGAGGGAUCGAUAUACUGGGGAGAUAAAGUCCCAUAAGCCUCUAGUGUUGCCAUAUUUUUCAAACCUGGAUACUCCAGAUUUUACCCACCUCCCCGAAGUGCCUUUUCGCCGUUCCUCGCCAAGAUGCCCAAAGGAUUCCUGGUAAAAAGAAACAAGAAAUCUGCACAUGUUUCCUACAGGACUCGGUCAGACGAUGAUGACCUCCAGGAGCCACCCACCCCAGCUGCCUUGCCGAGUCACACGGACCCAUCCCCGCCGAUUUCAGUGGCGUCCAGUCCGGACCGCGCCUCCGCAUCGCCGGAUUUCACCGCAGCUGACGCGCCGGUGCCAAGAAUGGAGAAGCCGGCACAGUUCGGCAACCCAGAAACGGUGUGCCAAGCCCUCUACAGCCCCACCCGGCCCAUUAGCAAGGAGCACGACAGGGGAUAUUUCGAGCGAAGUUUCAAUCUGGGCUCGCCUAUUUCUGCCGAGUCAUUCCCAACACCCGCCUCCCUCUCCGGUCUGGAUCACCUCUUGUACGCCCCGGUCGACCUGAAAAUCGGCACCAGCAACAGCAGCCGCAGCGGCACCAGCACCACCACCAGCAGCAGCAGCAGCCUCCCGGGACCAAGCAACCGGGUCGGCACCAAAAGACCCGCAGCUGAUGGAACGGAGCGCAAAUCUAAAGCCGCAUCCAAAAAACCCAAAGCCAUUAGAAAACUCAACUUUGAAGACGAGGUGACGACUUCUCCGGUGCUUGGUCUCAAAAUCAAAGAGGGGCCGGUGGAGAUGAAGCCGCGGGCUCAGUCCUCCGCAGGAAACAAACCUCUCGGGGAGUUCGUGUGCCAGCUGUGCAAGGAGGCGUACGCGGAUCCGUUCUCCCUGGCUCAGCACAAGUGCUCCCGCAUAGUCAGGGUCGAGUACCGGUGUCCUGAGUGCGAUAAGAUGUUUAGCUGCCCGGCAAACCUCGCCUCUCACCGCCGCUGGCACAAACCCCGGACCACCGGCGCGCCCGCCAUGCCACCCGCGCAGGGCAUCAAACCUGAAAUGGCCAAAAUGCCACCACUAGGUGUCAAGUCAGUCUCCGACGAAGCCAAAGACAUGAGUGACAGAGACACCCCGAGUCCCGGUCUGUCCGAAUCGGGUUCUGAAGAUGGCUGCUAUGACUGCCAGUUCUGCGGGAAGAGGUUUAAGCGGCAGGCGUGCCUAAGGAAACACAUCAUGGGACACCAGGCCCUGCAAAAGAAAGUGCUGGAGGAGCACGGGUUUCAAACCAGCGACCGCCCGGCAGAGCAGGCUCCGGAGUCAACCACCUCCUCCUCAGCGUCAUCAUCAUCAUCCUCAUCCUCAGAGGAAGCCUCAAACCAAAGCCCCCUCAAUCUGAGCCCGGUGGACUGCCUGCUGUGCCCGGUGUGCCGGGAGAGCUUCACCAGCAGGGCCGGCCAGGAGAGACACCUGCGCCUCAUGCACUCCUCCCAGAUUUACCCGUGCAAAUACUGCCCCGCCACCCUCUACAGCUCGCCGGGGCUCACCAGGCACAUAAACAAGUGCCACCCCUCGGAGAACAGGCAGGUGAUCCUGCUCCAAAUGCCGGUGCGCCCCGCCUGCUAAAGACAACACAGAACUCGUGCCUUUGAUGGGGGAAAAUUAAAUAAAAAAUAAUAAUUAAGAAGCGGAUAGAAAAGUGGCUUUGGGGCUUAAAAAAAGAAAAGAAAAGAAAAAACAAAGAGUUUGUGCUCACUGCCAUAACUUUAGGCCAAUGAAAGGCAGGGCGGUUUAAUGUUUAAGUGGUGUCUUUUCCAUGCCAAUCAGUGAUUGUUGAAUGCUUCUCUCUAUAUUUGAAUUACAUAUAGGCCUAUUUUGAGAUUUUCUUUCUCAAAUUAGUUUAUCAAGAUUAAAAAAAAAAAACGAAUACAAAGCGUUAGUUUGACUGUUAAAGGGUAUUUUUCUAGGACAGCACAUGUUCAACGAUAGCUUCUAGACCUAAGAAAUGUCUUAAAUUUCUCAGAAAUCCUUUUCCCCAUCAAAGCCUGUUGACUUCACCGGCCGUGAUUGCUCUAUCACUGUAGCUUUACGCUAGUUUGUGAAUGACAGAACUUACUUUGUGUUGAUGGAGAAAAAAAAAAAGAGUGACUGAGGAAUUCCCUGUUUAGUAGAACCACAAAUGCCUUUAGUAUACAAAUAAGCCUAGUCCGAAAUAGCCUACGUACACAUCCAAAUCCCGCUGUAUAACUGCCUUAAAAAAGUCAACAUAGAUUGUUUUAAUUUGAAUGCUGGCACAUAUUUUAUUAUUAUUACUGAAGAUUGUUGCAAUAUUUGUCAUCAUAUGUUUAUUUAUUUAUUUAUUCUAAUUAUUUUAUGUAACUUAUUGUUGUGUUUGUCGUGAUUUUUUCCUGUGAAUCGUUCUGGCAGUUUACAUGUCGUAUAGCCAAAUCUUUGUGUUUUUUUGUUUUGUUUCCUUUUGUCAAAUUUAUGAGUUGUGAUAAAUGUCGUGGGUCGGGUUUUAAUCUUCAAUCUCCACAGCUCUUGUAAAAAAAUUAAAAAAUAAAAAAUAAAAAAAGAGGAAAAAACGUAAAGCUCUUAACUUAGAUGCAAUCUUUUUUAAGGACAAGUUAUUUUUCUUAAAUGUUGGCUUUUAUAGCGCUUUGAUUGUAUGUGUAUAUCGUUGUUGUCUAUCGAAAUAAAAUAUUUUCCAAAGGA